UAGGAUCACCUAUAUCUAAUAGCAUUGAAUAUAUCGAAAUCUCCACUAAAGAUGGGAAAAAUGUAUGUGUGAUCUGUUUGACAUUUUCAAUAUUUGAAUAUCUGAAAGACUGUCUCAUUCCCUACAGACCCUCUUGGGUGUUAAGAUCAGCCCUAUGGCUGUGUGAUGAAGGGUGGGUAAAUUUUGAGUUGAUAGCAAUAAUUAAUAAUGAAUAAAAAGGUAAAGGGACCCCUGACCGUUAAGUCCAGCUGUGGACGACUCGGGUUGCAGCGCUCAUAUCGCUUUACUGGCCGAGGGAGCCAGCAUUUGUCCGCAGACAGCUUCCGGGUCAUGUGGCCAGCAUGACUAAGCCGCUUCUGGCGAACCAGAGCAGCGCACGGAAAUGCUGUUUACCUUCCUGCUGGAGUGGUACCUAUUUAUCUACUUGCACUUUGACGUGUUUUCGAACUGCUAGGUUGGCAGGAGCAGGGACUGAGCAACGGGAGCUCACGCUGUCACGGGGAUUCAAACUGCUGACCUUCUGAUCGGCAAGCCCUAGGCUCUGUGGUUAGACCACAGCGCCACCCGCGUCCCUUAAUAAUGAAUACAUUUGAUAAAAUAUUUUAUUUAACAUGCUUGCAUUAGAUUUAAUAGUUUAUGUUCCCUCAGAAAGAAAAUUGCUUUAUUGAAGUUUAAUUUUUACUCCAAGUUGAUAAUUCAUUGCUAUUUAUAUGUAUUUCUUUUUCUCUAGCUUUUAAUCUAACUAAUACAUUUGGUACAGCAUUAUUUUGUUCUUCCUUGUGCUCUCUUCCACUGAGUUAUUAUUAUUUUUCUGAACCAUCUUCCCAUUCCUAAUUUUUACACAACAAAAUGACUGGAUCUAAAAAUACUGAAAGUUUCUAACAAUAGCAAUACCCAGCCCCAUGUUUGCAACCUCCUCUCUUCCUGUGUUAUGAAUUUAUCAUUAAUAAUCAUACCUUAAUUUUUGUUGUUUGGGGGAAAUGCUCCUAAUAUGCCAUCCAAAUUAAACCUAACAACUAUAUAUGGUUCCAUUUUUAAGAUUAUCUUUAAUUUUCUGAAUAUUCAUUUCAUAGUUUAUUUUAUACUGCAAUUGUGAUAAAGCUUGCACAAGUCUAAUCCCAAACAUCUAACAGGGUUAGUCUAUCAAACAAUGUGAGAAUUUUGAACUUAUCCCCAACAGAAACAUGUACUAACAGUGGAUCAAUCUGUGUACUUUGUAGACAGAUAUAGUUCCAUUCUUCUCAAUUAACUAUAGAAAAUGUACUGGAAAAUUCUAAAAUUAUGUAAUCUGUGUACAUCAUGAAGUUGUAAAUCAUCCUAAGGAUUUUCAAGUCCCAUUAUAUGUGGAGUUAAAGUGCUUAACUUUGGCAGAAUCAUACCUUUACUGUUAGCUUUAUGAAAAUAUUUAAAAAUGAUGUUGCUCUAUAUUGUUAAGUAAAGCAUCUGUUCUGAACUAACUAGUAGUUGCAAAAGACAUCGUAUGUUGAAUGCUGUAUUUGAACAGAGUAAGUUUUGGGGAAAGGUCUGGCAGGCAGCAACCAUUAUAGGCGUGUGCCACAUAUGUGUGCAACUGCAAACAUGUGCAUUGAUCCAAACCCAGAAGUGACCCCAAAACAUCACAAAAGGGGGCAGGCAAGGUGGCCCUAUGCAGGCCCUGCCAGCAUGGAAUGUAACCACCCCUACAAAUCAGUUGCUGCCUGUACACAUAAUUAAUGCAUAUUAGACAUGAUACGGAGAGUGAUAUAUAACUCACAGAAAAUUUGUCAAAAUGUUACAGCAUUGAAAUAUCUUUAUGGUUGUGUUCACAUUUAUCGCUAAGCCAUGAUUUGUUCAGUAAAUCAUCUUAACAAGCAUUUUAUGGUCUGCUUUUCCAAAGCUUUCUUUUUUUCUAGUUGCUCUUGUCUCAUGCAUUUGAAGCAUAGUCAGCAUUUGGGGUUGAGUGCCCAAACAAACUACAGUGGUACCUCGACAUCUGAAUGCCUCGACUUCUGAAGGUUUCGACUUACAAAGUCGGCAAACCUGGAAGUAUUUUCGCUGCGUGCGGGGUCUGCGCAUGCGCAAAGCGCAAAAUCACACUUCAUGCAUGUGCAAAAAUGGUCGCAUCGACAUCUGAAGGUUUCGACUUACGAAGAGUGCCGUGGAACGAAUCGCCUUCGUAAGUCGAGGUACCACUGUAUAGUUAAAACAGGCCAUGGUUCAUAUGCCAAAAAUAAACCAUGGGUUCACAUAAUGGUUUGUUGGUAGAAAAGAACCAUGCUUAGUCUGCUGGGCUAGGUUCACAUGUUCAAACAAGGCAUAGUUCAAAUAAAGCAUAGACUAACAAAAUUAUGACUUUUUGUUAUGUGUAAAUCAGGCCAUUGUCUAGCUCCACAACAUAGAGUUAACAUUUUAUAAGACCCGCCCCCCUUGUAUGCGGUAUAUUUAAUUAAAAAAACUCUUAUAGGGAAAAGGGGAAUCUUCAUCUUCACUUAGUGGUUGGUUCUAAUUACAAUAGCUAGGGUUUCUAUAGCCAAAAUGUAUAAUGAGGAAUAUGAGGGACAGUUGUUUGGAUUAAUAGAAAAUAUUCUGCUAAAUGUGAAUUGGCAAGUACCCUUGCUGUUGGAAAACUGUAAGACAAUAUGCUUUCGAAUGAUAACGGGCAUCCAGAACAUAAUAUGAAGUGCAUCUCAGGUUAAAGUUUAAACCAAUACUAUUACUGCAUGCACUAACUUGCUUCUACUAAAACUAUACGGUAGCUUGACAGCUUUUCACCUGCAAUCCUUCCAGAUAAAGAUGUUUAGGGUUAAGGUGUACAUUUUAAUGGAUACUGUUGCCACAUUUUUAUUGAAAUAGCUCAGAAUUUGACAUAUUUGAAUGCUGAACCUUUUGCUGAGUUGACUAAAAGGAGGCUUAAGAUUUCAACCAAUUUUCUGUUGGCUCCUGUCUUGUUAUUCUGAUUUGUUUACCAAGAUUAAGCCAGAGUACUCCAGUUUGGAUUUACUCUGGCUUAAUGUAAACUAGAAUCUGAAGUUGGUGUGCAAGGAGAGGACAGGCAAAGGAGGUAUGUGGUCGUGAGGUUUGGCCAUGCAUCAUAAAUCAUAAGCAGUAUAUGAAACUCUGGACAAUUCUCCAGAUACAGUAUGGCCAGUAUUCAUCGAAUGUGUCUAGUCCCUUUUAUACAUGUGAAUCAGAGCUGUAAAGCAACUGUAAAUGGUAAUUUAAAAUGUAAGCUUCACUUUAUAGCUUCUGUUUGUACUAUACAUGUUUGUGUUACUGAACAGAACAGAGAACUGUGUUCUGCAAAAAUUAUGACAAAGCAUGCAUUUGAAAGGGAUGUUAAAGUAGUUUAUUCUGCAAGGAGGAUUUCUCAGCACCCAGGAUUGUUAAUAUAGAACUGGCUUUUCACAAUUCCCUUUGCCCCAGUUAAGUCAAGAAGUAUUACAGCUGUCAAGGGUAUCACUAUAUGUGGGGUUUUUUCAGGCUUCUUCCCCAGCAAUAAACUGGGCUGAAACUUCAGUGACAGGAAAUUUUUAGAAAACUAAUACUGUACGCUAUUGCACAAUAUGCACCUCUCCAAUGGUCUGCCACCUUUUUCUUGUAGGCCUUUUUUAGCAUGAUUCCAGCAUAUGUUGCUUCAGGCUCUAAUUUAGAAAGAAGAUGGAAUUAUAGCUGAAAUUCUUCUAUAGACUAGUUUUCUACAGUAGUAGGAUUGCCAGGUUCCAUAUGGCAUAGAGCUUCUGUGCCUUGAAUAGAAGCAAGAAUUACAUAUUACCUUUAGGCAACUGUAGCUCUAGCUGCCACAGUGUGCUCUAGUUCAUAGUUAUAUAAAGAGGUUAUAUAAACAGGGAUUUAUAUAUAAAAACGGAAAGUUGCAAAAUGAAGCACAGAUCAAAAUGCAGAGUUGCUUAGACUGUGGCAGUCACAAUUAAGGUUACUAGAUUUUGAAAAUGAAAGGCCAACUAUGUCUCAAAUAAUUGGCUAGAAGAGAGAAUUUUGGCAAAUUCACUUUUCUCACUGUAGAUCUGUAGUGGGGGGGGGGGACUACAGAUAGUAACAUUUUCAACUGCUGGACACAGGGUCCCAGUUUGUAUUUGGCAACAUUAAUAUCAUUGGUUGUGUUUGAACUGCUAAACCUUAGUUUAGUAUUACGUGAAUGAGCCUCAGACAUGUCAUCUUCACCUUUUCCUCUUCUACUCUGGGGUGACUUUUGCUUCUCUUUUUAACCACAGCUUAGUGUCCUAUCCAAACCCAAGCAAACUAUGACUUGCCAUAAAACAAGCAAGCAUUCACAGACAGAAAUUUGCAGCUUGUCCACACCUCUGUCACUCAGGAGCUAAGUCAUGGUUUGGCUUAGUUUUAAUGUCCAAACCUGGGGUUGUAGUUUGCCCCACUCAAACAGACAAGGAGUGGUACGUCAAGAACAUGCCUUGGUUACUGCACUUGGUUUGUUGGGAGUAAGGCAAAUCACAAGCCCAAGUUCAAAUGUAACUCACCAAAUCAUGGCUUAGCUCUAAAAAGUGAGGGAGGAGUGACCUAGUUUCAGUUUUCUCCCUGUGAACCAGCGUACUUGCUUGGUUUGGGAUGAUGGCCAAAGCUUCCCUACCCUUGAGUUAGGUGCUGUGAUGAGACUGCCCGCUAUUUUUAAUAUUUGCUUCCCUUUCUCAUAUUAACGUGUGUCAUAGGACACAAGUUUGAUGUGAUUCAGUGGGAAUUCUGAGUAAACAUGCCUGCAAUUGGGCUGUUAACCUACAUGGGGAACAUUUCUAGUAGGACAGACAAAUUUAAAUAUACUUAGAAAUGCUUAUCAACAGAUUUUCAGAUUAAGAGUUUACUUGCUGGUGAAGACCAAAGUCCAGCAUUAUGUUUCCACCAGUGGCUGGCCAGAUGCCUUUGGAAGCGCACACACAGGUCAUGAUAAUGGCUUUUGUCUGUUGCAUGUCACCAGCGUACUGCAAAGUAUAUUGCCACUUGAACAUGAAAACUACCAUGAGUAAUAAUUCUCUCUUCACUUAUGUUUGUCUAGACCAUUUUAAGAAACCAGUAAAAUGAUUUGUAAGGAGAAAAGAGUUGUGAAGCAGGUGUGUGUGUGCAUUCUGCAUGCUGGAUUCAAGCAAAAUCCAUAGUGUAAUCUUAUUUUCCUUAAGGAAUAUGUCAUUGGUUGCUAACUAAACUCUAUGCUAGGCCUGGGUCAAUACAUUGCCCAGGACCAGUUUGGGAGCCGGAGUGUGAUGCCGCCUUCACCCGGCGGUAUAUCAUGGAUAGGGCUUGCCUGUACCUGACUCCCUCCAUGCGCCUGUCCAAACCCAAGCAAACUAUGGCUAUGAAUUGUGUGGGUAGCAUGGUGGAGCCUAACUACUGCAAUACAAGCACUGAGCAGAGAAAAGAGCGGAAAGCUCUCACACAAGGAAGUAAAAAUCCUGGGCUUACCUUGUGUUCUUUGAUCUAUCUCUUAAGUGUGUUGAAUUCAACCUUUUGAGUACUUAGAGAUAAGCCCUUAUCAACCAACAGUUAAAAUAACAAACCCUCCCACCUUGCUGAGUUGGACAGAAACUCCCCAAGGCUAGAGUAAAUGUGUACAAAUGUUAUACCAGUCAGCCUUGAUGGGGACAAAGUUUACACACUGAAGAGAUCCACUGCAACAAAAGUUUUGCAUUGUUUUAUGUAGCCUAAGGCAGUUUAAAAUAGAAGAAUCCAGUGUUGGAAUGUCUUACUCUUGCUCUUUGAAGCUGCACUGAGUGUCAGCUUGGUUUAUCUACCUUGAAGAGCAAAUCAAUGCACAGCUUGAAGAGAGGGCAUGGGACAUUGCUGGGACUGGAACAAUGAUCAGGUACCAGAAUGAACCUUAGAUUUAGAAUGGAAAUAAUAUUAAUAAGUGAGAAUUAGAGUAGCUUUCUUUUUCAACAUAACAACAUGUGAAAUGUUAGGGUCUGUACCAACAUAAUUCUACAAUUCUGGAGGAAAGGUGAGAUAUAAAUAUCAAUAACAUUAACAACCAAUUUCAUACAGUUCUUUUAAUUGCACCUAACACUUCAAAUGUUGUUCUCCUUUGGGAGGAGUUGCCAUUUUCAAAACCAAGUUCUAGGUUUCUCUAUUUACUGUGUUCGCUUUAUUAUACAUACGAUCCUAUAUUAUUUUCCUUUUAUAUACUCCUCACAUCUGAGCAUAAUAUUUAGUUUUUAACUUGGGAUUGGAUACAGACUUAGUUAUGCUUAGAGUAGCUCCCCCUGAAACCAAUGGGGUUUGUUACAGUAACUCAAAUCCCAUUUCAGUGGACCUUCUCUAAGCACAAUUAAGUCUGGAUCCAACCCUUGGUGUAAUGGUGUAUGCUUCAAGUAAUGUAGGUCUCUGGUUAAUAAAUGGACUAGUUUCCUAUAGCAGAUAUCAGAUAUUUGAUAGAUUUGUCAUGCAAGAUCUAUUCGGAUGGCUGGCUUUGCUGUUAUAUUGUAUGCACUCAUCAUAUAAUGAAGGGAGAGAGCUUUUAUGUUUUGCAGCUUUUCUACAUGCUGUUCUAAUAUUCACCUCACGUAUCAGCAUUGUUUUCAUUAUCUUCCGGUCCCACUUGCCCCACACCCAUCCCAGCUGGCAGGGUCUGUAUCAUAACCCUUUGAUGCUGUGUCGCAGGGGUUUGAUUGGUAGCAUCUGCCUGCUCUGUGAUGAGAUCCCUCUGAAGAAAGGCAGGCUGUUGUUGCCUGAUUCUGAUUGGCUGUCCCACCUGACUCUCCUCUUCUCUCCCCCCCUCCUUUUUCAGAGCACACACCACGGCAGGCUGUAUUCUGAAACCUAAAACAGCCCCGUAUACAUCCAUUCAUGAAUCUGUGACGUCAGUAGUGUCUGUGUUCUCCUUUGCAGCGGGGUUGCAGGAUUGUGUGGGUGGAAUUUCCUUGCUGUAUUUUGCAGAUCAGGUUUGGGUUUCGUUUUUCUGCCAUCCACACCAUAACGCAUGAAAAUGGAGCAGGAUUGUAGAAAUUACUCACCGCUGUAAGUAUAUUAACAAAAUCUGUCUUCCUUCAAGGGGCUGCAUUUGCAAAAUGACCGAUGUUACCUUCCUGCCAUUUAUUUCAGAGGAGCAGAUGGAUGGUGCAUUUGGGGUGUGAGUGGACUGGAAAAAAAUGCUGAAUGACACCAUAUUAAAGCCAAGAAUAUUUCUGUUUCUGCCCAUUUAUUUCUUUGUAGAGCAAACAUAGACAUGUUUCAUUUGCUGUUCUGGAGGUUGUGUAAUGGUCCUUCCCUCUUUUUAAAACGGGAGGGAAUGCAUUUUUGUGGCUGUCUGAAAAGGAAGAGAUUGCAAAUAGCUAGGGGGAAAAUUGCAACUGAUCUUAAAACAGGAGGCUUCUCCCUCUUCCCACCUCCUUGUGAAAAUGUAAUCUUCAAUGGUGGUACAGCUUUUUAAUAAAACUUAAUAUGUUUGUCAAUAUAUUUUGACUGGAUUUGGGAACAAUUUAGGCGUUGAUGAGAAGUUUAAUGAUUAAAUCCUUCCAUAGAAAUGAAAAUGGCUUCUUUUAGCAUAAAAAUAAUAAUUAGGUAGCUUGGUUCUACACUUUGUAUAGAGCAUUAUACAUAUAGUCCCAAUGAUUUACUGUUUACCGAGAUUAUCCUUCCUGGGGUUUGAUUGUACUGCUUGCUAGAGAAAUCAGUGAGAGUUCAUAUGGAAUGGAAAUGCAUCUUACCCUUGAAUCUUGCCCUUUCAGAAAUUGCCUGAAAAAAGAAGUACCAGAAGUGACAAAAACAAAUGUCAGGCAAAUGCCUUGGACCUAAUAGUUCUGGCUCCACUUCAUUUUUAAUGCUCCCAUCCUAAGUUACAACAUAGUGUUUUCCUAAAUUUAUUGCUGAAAUUGGAAAUAUAAGUAAAGCUCUAUUUUUGACAUUGUGCCUGGAAUAAAAGACGAGUGUAACAAAAAAAGGUGUUGUUGCCACUUUCUACACUGGGAGUGAGCACUGGUGUUUGUUAGAGCAAUAUCUUUGACUUUCAACUCCAUGCACACCCACAGUACAAUGACCAGUUCUCAGGAGCCCCUGAGCUGGUCCUCCUCUACGACUGUGAUCGCCAACACCCUCAAUGAAGAUAAAGAUUUCGCUAGGAUGCAUGGAGAACAUAUACCCAGUGGUCUCCAUCCUUCAUCUGAGAUCAUAGAAGAUGUACGAGACAAGGGCUUACUUCACAGUAAUGCAUCAGAGAACAUGACCAGUCCAGUUGCCACAACAGUACUGACCAGUGUAAGUGAGGAUUCCAGGGACCAAUUUGAAAACAGUGUGCUUCAGUUAACGGAACAGGAUGAAUCGGAAACUACUGUUCAUCGGGGCACCAAUGAUAAUAUACCUGGAGACACCCACAAUGGAACAGAAGAUAUCAAGAUCCAGUUCAACAGAUCAAGUAGUGGAAAUGGUGGAUUUCUUGAAGGACUCUUUGGUUGUUUGAAGCCUGUAUGGAAUAUUAUAGGGAAAGCUUACUCCACUGAUUACAAGCUGCAGCAACAAGAUACAUGGGAAGUUCCUUUUGAGGAGAUUUCUGAACUUCAGUGGUUGGGCAGUGGAGCACAGGGAGCUGUUUUCUUAGGGAAGUUCAGAGCAGAGGAGGUGGCCAUCAAGAAAGUGAGAGAACAGAGUGAAACGGAUAUCAAGCACUUGAGGAAGCUGAAGCAUCCCAACAUCAUUGCUUUCAAGGGAGUUUGUACUCAGGCACCAUGCUACUGUAUAAUAAUGGAGUACUGUGCUCAUGGACAGCUGUAUGAAGUGUUGCGAGCAGGUAGGAAGGUCACACCUCGCCUGCUUGUGGACUGGUCGACAGGGAUUGCUGGUGGAAUGAACUAUUUACAUCUUCAUAAAAUCAUCCACAGAGACCUCAAGUCACCCAAUGUAUUAGUUACUCACAAUGAUACAGUAAAAAUUUCAGAUUUUGGUACUUCUAAAGAACUCAGCGAUAAGAGUACAAAAAUGUCCUUUGCAGGGACUGUAGCUUGGAUGGCCCCAGAGGUGAUUCGCAAUGAACCUGUCUCUGAAAAGGUGGAUAUUUGGUCAUUUGGAGUAGUUUUGUGGGAGCUUCUCACUGGAGAGAUUCCAUAUAAGGAUGUAGACUCCUCAGCCAUCAUCUGGGGGGUAGGCAGUAAUAGCUUGCACCUUCCUGUGCCCUCCACUUGCCCAGAUGGAUUCAAGAUCCUUAUGAAGCAGACAUGGCAAAGCAAGCCCCGGAAUCGGCCCUCUUUUCGACAGACGCUUAUGCACCUUGACAUUGCAUCUGCUGAUGUGUUGGGCACCCCUCAAGAGACUUAUUUCAAGUCUCAGGCUGAAUGGAGAGAAGAAGUGAAGAAGCACUUUGAGAAGAUUAAAAGUGAAGGAACUUGCAUACACCGGUUAGAUGAAGAACUUAUUCGCCGCAGAAGAGAAGAACUCAGGCAUGCCUUGGACAUUCGUGAACAUUAUGAGAGAAAACUGGAAAGAGCCAAUAAUUUGUACAUGGAGCUCAGUGCCAUCAUGUUACAGCUGGAGGUUCGAGAAAAGGAGCUCAUCAAGCGGGAACAAGCUGUGGAAAAGAAAUAUCCUGGGACUUACAAGCGUCACCCAGUCCGACCAAUAAUCCAUGCCAAUGCAAUGGAAAAAUUGAUGAAGAGGAGAGGAGUCUCACACAAGCCUGGAGGCCAGACUAAACGGCCUGACUUGCUGAAGACGGAUGGCAUAUCCAGCACUGAAGUGGCUCCUAGUGGCUCUCCCCUUUCAGGAAGUCCAAAGAUGUCAACCCUCAGUAGCAAAGGACGUUACCGUAGCAAACCACGCCACCGGCGAGGAAACAGCAAAGGCAGCUACAAUGAUUUCACAGGGAUCUUGAAAAACCAGUCAGCUCAAGAUGACUUGGCCCAUCCAUCUCACCAUCAUCAGCACCACCCCCAUCAUCAUGGGCAUCACCCCCGAAUGAACACCCAUGGGCAGGACAUAGCCAACUGUGCUAACAACCUUCGAUAUUUUGGCCCUGCUGCAGCCCUACGCAGUCCUCUUAGUAAUCACGCCCAAAGGAGGAUGUCUGGUUCUAGUCCUGACCUUAUCUCUGCUGCUAUGGAAGCUGAUUCACGGAGAAAUCUGGAGGAGAACGAGAAUGGGGAGGGCGAGGCUAAUCAUUGGGAAUGUUGUAAAGGAGAUACAUACAACCUUUGCCCACAGUGCAGGAUGGGGACAAAUACUGCAAAUCAAGGACAGUCACUUGAGCCAGGGCUGGAGAAGUCUGAUGCACCAUUGCAUGCAAAUAAGCAAUUUCCUGGAAAUAAUGAGGAAGGUGAAUUCAGCAGCCACAGAGCAGUGUCUUCUCUUGGCUCAUCUCAUCCUGCAAGUACUCCAGGACUACCGGGUAAAACACGACCCAUCCCAAAGAGUGGCGAUGAUUCUUCAGAACAAGAAGAAGGAGAAGUGGAUAGUGAAGUGGAAUUCCCACGGAGACAGAGAACCCAAGGUCAUCCAAUGAAGCUGAAUGAUGGAAGAUUCAAGACAGACAAAAGGAGGCCGCAUCGUUGCAUUAGUAGCUGCCAGUCUUACUCGACCUUCAGCUCUGAGAACCUCUCUGUGUCUGAUGGAGAGGAGGGCAAUACCAGUGACCAUUCCAACAGCCCAGACGAGCUGGCCAACAGGCGUAAAGAUCAACGGGCUGAGAAGCUGGAUGAGAUGUUGUCACAGACUCCAGAAAUCCCCAUUGAGAUAUCUACCCAGUCUGAUGGCCUUUCAGAUAAGGAGAGUGCUGUACGCAGAGUGAAAACACAGAUGUCACUUGGCAAGUUAUGUCCAGAGGAACGUGGCUAUGAGAAUCCUGGAGAGUUUGGAGAAUCAGGUGGUGACUCUUCAGAUGCAGAAUGCUCUGAUGCAACAGUGAGGACCAGUAAAGCCUGCAGCUCUGCAACCUGGUAAAGAUGUAUCUCCUCCCUCCUUCAGUUGUUUGAUCAACUGGCAUUUUGAUUCCCCCAAGAAUCCCCUCUUCAUUCCUCUGAGAAGCUGCAUCUCCACCCCAUCACCCAGAUGAUCUGCAAUAACUUGAAUCUUUGGAGAAAUGUUCUGAUGAAUUGGUUUCUCGGUGAGCAUUUCAAUCACGAAUGGCAGGGAUGUAUUUUAUUGAAUAAUUGAGCUAUUGUAUCAUAUUUUUGGCAUUUUAACACUUUUUACUCUGAAGAGUGAACUGUAUCCAUAGACAAAAUAAUUGAUUGCAGAAAGAAGUUCAGAAGACUAGCCUAUGAAGGACAACAAUCUUUUUGAGUCUUAGACAGCAUGCAUAAGGCUAGGAUCUGAUGCUACUUUUGACAUGGGACCAGGCCAUGCGGCUCUGAAAGUCCGGAAAUGAAGUUAACUCAAUGACUUGAUCACAUCCAGUGAAGCAGUGGAUCAGGUAAACUGUGAACAAAUGCCAUCAGUGUAACCAGCGUAACUUUUUCAAUAGGAACUUGUUCACAUUCCUGGAAAGAUGUAUCUUGAGUCACUGCUCCCCUAGCAUGUUGGAACUAAUUGUUUUUUUUUUAAUUUGGCAUUGGUUGGUUGUGACAUCCUGCUGCUGUAUUCUAGCCUCAGCCUCUCUCAAGCAUUUUCCAGCAUCACUAUGCCACUGUGACACAGCAUGGAGUGCCUGGUGAACAGAGAGAAAUUGAGAUGCUGUUUUUCUAAGUUAACUUCCUCUCCAUUCCAACCUGCCUUUUGUUUGCUUCCUUCAAUGAAAAAUGAAUCGAUCAAAUUAGUGAAGAUCAAGAACUCACAAGCCAUGGAAAAGCACAUUCUGUACAUCCUGAGGACUAUCCUGAAGGAAGAAAUUAGAAAUUUUCCUACCAUAGGUCGAACACCGUAAGGGAGUAUUGUACUUGGAUGAAGCCAAGGGAAUAGUAUGGCCUGAACCACACAAGUGGCCUCUGCUUGUUUUGUGGUGUGACUGGUGGAAGGUAAUAUUGAAAUGUAAUGAUGAGUAGAGAAUGCCCUUCAUCUUGGGUCUGAGGGAGCCUAAGCAUGGGCGUACCCAGGGGGGGCAGCUGCCCUCCCAGAAGCUAAAAGGGGGGGGCAGAGACAGCUCGCGGUGCGCGCUUUUGUCCUUCUCGGUCGGGUACCCGAUCUUGCCACAGCGGGCACAGCGUAAGACCCCAGCGGAAGGCAGACAGACCCCAGCGGAAGGCAGCGGUGGGAGUUGCCCCCAGCUGCCUGGAAAAGGCUGGAAAGCUCUGUCUGUGGCAAGGCUUGUAACGCUGCAGAAGCGAGUGGGAGGAGGAAGAGGAAGAGGGCGUGAGGGAAAAAGAGAGAGCGUGCACACACACCAGCCUACCAUCGGCGCGCUUUUUUUUCUAGGGUAAAAAGAGCAGAGGCCGGUGGGGAGGAGUUGCGGAGAACCGUGUGACCGCCCCCUCCCCUCCGGGGGGCGUGGAUGUUGACCACGCCUCCUGGGAGGAUCCUGGCUACGUCAUUGCCUGCCCCCCCCUAGUUUUGAUCCUGGGUACACCCAUGAGCCUAAGCCAUAUUUUCGUAUUGAUGAAUUUUUGAUUGGAGAGGGUCCAAGACUAUUGCCUUUCCUAAUUGAAUGGUAUUCCACUUUCCUUCUGCAAUACCUCAUUUUUCCUGAGCAACUUCCUGAGGUUUAUAAUCAUGGCUCCUUUAACUGACAUGUCCAACGGAAGCAAAACAAAAACACUAAAACGUUCUAUUUUGGUUUUAUAGCCAAAGUUCUGCCAGUAAUUUUGGCUGUGCCCUCAAUUUGUCUCUAGUUAAUUACAUUCAGGGAAGAACGGUUCAUUGUCUUGAGUGUAAAAUUGUAUUCUAGCAGUUUCCAUAUUUAUAGUAGUGAGUAGCAGUUGCACCCCACAAUCUCCACCCCCAAAAUGAAGGGCAAAGAUGGGUUGCAUGUUGUUUGUUUACAUUUGAUUUGAUAUUUUUUUAAAAUUGUCUAGUGGCAAAAUGAAGGGAAAUUCUUUACUUAUACAGAGAGCAGUAUUGUAUGAGUUAAAUUAUUCCAUAUUUUAAAAUUAUGUAGCUGGACUACAUGAAUCUUAAGUUAUGUCAUUAUUUAUUUUAAUUUCUAUAGAUUAAAGGCAGGGUAUAUUGUAGCACAACAUAUUGGUGGUCCCUGUUCAGUUGCUUCAUGGCUACUUAUCCCAGGAGGAGGAGCCAAGGUGUUUUCUUAAUGUUGUGACCUAAUAAUGUGUAAUAGGCCAUGCUUAUUUUGCUGGCUACAGCAGCCUGACACUAGGACGGGGAGUAGGCCCGUCCAAGCAAAUUAAAGCAGUCCUGAGCUGCAUGUGCAUGGAGUGUGACAUGGUUAGGAUGCAGAGCUAAGACCUCUUGGCAUGCUUUAGCCUCCCAGCUGCAGUCCCAAACAUUGUGAUAUAUCAGAAUGAAACAAAACAACAAAAGCAAAUAAGCCCUGUUCACUUGAAAUUGAACAAGAAUUCCUUAAGCUUAAUAUGCUUACACUAAACUGAUCUGAGCUGUGCCCACUCUGAAGGAAAUUCUGUCUGGUCACUUGUACUCCCUGGAAAGCUUAAGGGUGAAUUACUUUUAUUGGGGGGGGGGCACAGAUGCUGCUUAUUCGACACUUCAAUAAAUACCAUUCCAUUGGUGUAUGGACCAAGCUGUUGGGGAAGCAGCACAUUAUUGCACUUGUCGAGUCCAUCACAGACCCCUAGCUUGGUGCUUCUUCUGAGAAGCAUGUCAUUCUUGGCAUGAUCCAAACCAGGCAUCCCCUCCAGAUGUUUUGGACUACAAUUCCCAUCAUCCCUGACCACUGGUCCUGUUAGCUAGGGAUCAUGGGAGUUGUAGGCCAAAACAUCUGGAGGGCCAAAGUUUGGGGGUGCCUGAUCCAAACUAUCAGUACAACUACCUUGCAGCCUUUGUUUCUCCUUUGAGUUUCGCCACAUUCUUCCUGGCCCCUGUGGACAAUUACUUUGCUUUGCUUUUACUCUUCUCCUUUCUUCUUUGGCGAUCACUUGUAGCCAAGUAAGAUUGUCUUCCAUAAAUAUGGUCUUAACAGUGUGUCCGUAGUGUGCUAUUACUAACACUGUCAUGUUUAUGGGUACCUUACUCAAAAUGCUGUUGUUUGGAUGAUCUCUGAAUUGGAAACAGUCUGCUUUACUAAUGGAAUCAGACAAUUUGGCAAUAAACACUCUUCUCUCCCCCCCACCCCCCAGCCCAGCAUAAAGACUCCAGUUUAACAGCUGGUAGCUCACUUCAUAUCCCAGUUAGCUGACUAUGCUCUUGAAAAGUUCAUUUUUUGCAAUAAGACGAAGUGGGGGAUGGUGUCAAGAAUGACAAGUAGCUGCAUGAUGCUUUUCCCAUAUGAAGCACUUGGUAUUGUUAGCCCACUGUGGUCCUAAUCUCUUUUCUAGGGCAAGAAGCAUUAGUAUGAAAUGCCUCAUAUAUAUAAUGUAGAACUGUCAGCUUUAAAGCAUAACUUCUCAGGGUCUUGGGCAAAGGAAAGUCCUGUGAUCUUUUAAUUAGAGGUAUUGAGCCUGCAGUCUUAGGCAUUCAACGUAUGUGCUCUCGUACUGAAGUACAACCUCUCCCCAGAGUCUUUAACAUUAGUGAAAAUGUGUCUGAUUUAAUGGCCUCUUGUGUCUGUUAUGGUUGUUUCUUUUGGUGUUUGCACACAGCCUGCAUCUGUAGAUGUCAUCCUGCAGUUAUAGUAUGUUGAGGGAGUAUUUAAAGGUUUAAGGAAAAUUCAUUUAGUUAUGACAACCGGUGUCUCAAAGGACAUGCUCUCUCCUCAUAAAUGUGUGUGUCCUGGGUUUUCCUUUACAUUUUAAAAAAUCCAGUUUUGCUUUGAUCCCCAAAGAGCUGUUGAAAUAAAGGGGCAUUAAUUUAAGGCAGCUAGUAAAUUGGUGGUUAUGAAAAUCAGGUGUUAACAACUAGCAACUUGUGCUUGGGUGUGUCUAAUACUCAACUGUAGAAUAUUCAAAACUGGUAUUUGUGAUUUGUGCCAUUGAGAGAAUUCUUCCAGAGCCAUUUCCUCUAAGUUGAACAGGUUUUGCUCAACUGAAAGUCAUUUUUUAAAGAGCUGAAAAUGUAAUCAGAAAUAAGAUUAAUCAUCUCAUAUUUUCCCCCAUGCCAUUAUACCUUUUGUUAGCAGCUUACAACUUUAGGGUACUCUUAAAUGCACAAAUAUUUUUUGUAAAUUUAGACAAUUCUAGCAAAUUUCAGGACUGUGGAGAGAUCCAAGUAAGAGGAAAAUCAAGCUAAGCCACCCAAGUUUUCUAAGUUAGAGAGCUGUGAUAUUGUUUAUAUAGUUAACUGUGGGCUGGGCUAUAUGCUAUGACCACCAGGAUAAUGGCUGGAAAUACCAGACCAGUGCUGAGUUUCUCCCUAGUGUUGCAAUGUCUAGGGGCACUCACCACAUGAUACAGCAUCAUUGUAUUGUGAGUUUCCUAGUCCACACUCCAUGUAAUUGCCACUGCUGGGAACAGAGCACCUCAUAUGAUCAUGCUGUUUCAUGCAGGGAGGGGCUGAAUUUGCCCCAGUGACGCCAUAGCAUGUAGCCUGGCAGAGACAUGGUGUUGUACUAGUGUAUUACAAAAAUGCUGUAAAUGUUGUGCCUCAAAAAGAUAGACUUACUAACCCUAGAAUAUGGAUGGUGAAUUGUGCUCCAAAAUUAUAUUGGUUUAACAGAGGUGAGAUUUUAAAUGGUUGAUGUUCUCUUAGAGUAUGGAGGUUAUGUUUUUAAGUCUCUCUCUUAAAUGUGAGGGCUAAGUCCUUUUUAAUGUGGAAACAGACUCUCAGGUAUUUGUGUGACUUUGGGCUCUAAAAAGCCUGCUUUGUUCUGUAGGUCUAAUAAAAGGUACUGACUAUAUAUCUACUUUCUUCUCUGGGAACAACACUCCAAAGCAUUAAAUAUUAACAGACACAGACAAAACUAUGGUAGCUGGAAAUACUACUACAGAGAAACACACACUUUAAUUGUCCUUUUCCCUAGAAAGAAGUGGCAAGUUUACUGGCAGAAAGGAGUAGGUAGCCACCAUGCUUCUUCCACACAUUACGUUGCUUUUGUGUUCAAGGAGUAAAGCAGCACAAGAAAUGCUUUCUUGGCACCAACAAAACAGUGCAUUUUUGUUGUAGUAGGGUAGGAAAGUAGUUCAGUCUUUGUGUAAACACUCUGUUAGCAUCUUAGGGGUGUCAGUGGAAUGGAUGGCCUUGUGCUGCAGAGUCUAGAUUUAGUUCUUAGAACAAAGUUCCCUUUAACUGAAAGCCAUAAAUCCAACAAAUCAUGUCAUCCAGAUUAUGAGACAGUAUUGCCAUGUGUGCAAUCAUCAGUGAUUAACCUUUUGGCUGUGUUUUUACUAUUCUGUGCCAAUGGCAUUCCAACAUUAUAACUGC